AAUCUCAUAUGUAGCUGCUGUAGACAACACAUCAUAUGGUACUGUAUGUGGACUCUGGUCAAGGGAGCAGCUGGAACUAUCAUAACCCUGUAAAUAAAGACACAGCUACCAAGGAGCCAUGGCCUCCCUUGGACAAACCAUCUUCUGGGGGAUGAUAGUCAUGAUCUUUGUGGCCGCUGGACUCAUCAUCCUCAUCUUGUCUGUGUCAUUUGCAGUUCAGGGUUUAGGGGGUUCCCAGGGCACUGUGGAUAGCAAUAACAAGUGGCCCAUCGGGAACCUGGGGGAGGAUGUCAUCCUGAGCUGCAAGUUCAAGACUUCAACUAACAGCGGGGAAUCGACCAGUCAAGUGUCAAUCACAUGGAAGAAGAAGGGACUCAGCGAAGUGGUGUACAGUUACAAUAAAGGAGCAGUCCAGCUGACGGAGCAGAACCCCCAGUUUAAAGAUAGAACCCAGCUGUUCUCAGACGCCAUAGGUGGAGGCAAUGCCUCUAUGUUGCUGAGGAACGUGAAAAUGAAAGAUGAGGGGGUGUACUACUGCAGUGUGAAUGCCCCUAGUGGCUCAGGGACUGACAUUGUUAACCUCAGAGAUGCAGCUUUCUCGGCCCCCAAAUUUAAGUGGGUCAACACUACCCUGACGGCAGAGGGAGAGAGAUGGUUCCCAAAACCAGAUGUCCUCUGGUUGGACGUCAAUGACAACGUCCUAAACGAGAGUGAAACUAGCUUUUUCAACAACUCCGUCGGGAUAACCCGAUUCAUCAGCUCCCUUCUGCAAAUUACAUUGAAUGACAGCUACACCUGCAUCAUCCAAAACCAUCUGGUGAAGGCUGUCUCCCGGGCAACCAUCAAAGAUAUAGAGAUAUCAACGACGACUUUCUUCUCCUUCUCUACUGCAGCUGCACCGCCCAUACUACUACCCCAAUGGCACAUCCUAGCAGCUACAACCAGUUUAUUUUUCUGGAUCUACCAACUAACCUGAUUAACACAUGCACACAAACUACUCUUCAUAGCCUACAGGCAAGAUGACUAAAAUUACUGUCUGUGGUGAAGUGAACUGGUCUGGUGACUUUCCACUUGCCUUGGUCUGCCUGGAGUCUGAUGGAUUUUGUGUUGGAUUAAGAAGUGGCGACAAACUGUGUAUGUGUGUGUGUGUGUGGCUCAGUGGCGACCCGUCAUUCAGGGCAGGUGGGGCAGUACCCCACCUGUUUUGAGCCCUACAUUUUUAGCAAAAAAAUGUAUAACAAUAAUAUUAGUUUUUUGGGGGGGCUUGCCUGUUUUGCAUGUUAUUUUGGCAUUAUGUGUCACAUAUCAGUUUGCAAACAAUGUAAAAAAAUAUAUAUAUAAUUGAGUUAUUAAAGCUGCAUACAAACAUGGUCUCUUUCUUGAUUAAGGCAGCUCCCAAAUGCAGGUGCUUCAGCCUAGCUCAGUGCUUUCUGUGGUGGUGGGGCAAGCCAGCUUUUUUUCAAAUAGGCUUGGUCGAUUUCGGACACCGGUAAAUUCUUCAACAAAAACCUGUACAAAGUGUUUUGAAAACAACAAGACAAGACUAUAAAAAGAUCAUGUCACCUACAGACAAAAAGUUGGAGAAGGACCAUGUGGAUUCCCCGCCAACCCCGACCACAAACUCGAGCUCUAACAACGGAGAUAAGGGGGGCGUCGUGGUCAAUGCGAGGGCAGCGUGCAGCGUUUGUAGACGUUGAUAUCGUGAGCCUAAAAUUCUGCUGUGUUUACACACUUUUUGCGCAGGCUGCGUUCGUCAACUGGAACCGUUUUCGGUGUCGUCUGGUGUACACAAUGGCAAAGCGGUACAUCUGGAAGGCGAGUCGCCCUCCUCUGCCGUCAAAGGUCUCUGUCCCAAGUGUGACUCUGAGGUGGACAUCCCGUUGUCCGGGGUAGAAUGGCUGACCACUGACCACUUGGCCCUGGACAAAG